UGAACGCCGAACGGCUCCCCAAAGAGCUUCAUUCUCCUCGCCUCCGCUUUUCAAUUCUAUAUUGGACGAGAGUAUCUAUGGCUUCGGCAGCUACUCAUUUCUGUUGAAUCCGACUACAUAUCCCCUUUUAUCUUCCUUUCCUCCCCUCCUCCCCUAGCCCUCUGGGCUCACCUUCCUCGACCAUGGCCACCUUACUCCGACGGCCAGGCAAUCUUGCUCGAUACUCGAGGAGAGCCGCAGAAUGCAUCCAUCGCGCGGGGCCACUCUCUGCGCAUGCUCCGCAAUCGAAACUCUCUUCCCUUAUCACAGCGCACCGUAUCAGAUCCUAUGCCACAGAGAGCCCUGGUGGCCCGAAACCUCCGAGCGACAAGGACGGUGAAAAGCCAGCAUCAAGCCAGCCCGGGAACGAUGGUGGUAACAAUGGAGGCAAAAAGGUGCCCGAGGAGCCCGAAUCGAAGCUCACGCCCGAAGAGCAGAAGCUGGUGGAUCAAUUUAUGAAGCAUCUUAAGGAUCGCGUGCCCAACUCACAACAUCAGAUGCUGGACGAUAUGCGAGCGGUGUUGAUGAGCGAAGGGCUACCUCCGGAAGUCAAGGACUUUAUCAGAGAUCAUGUUCAGUCCGGUCGACCGGCAUCUUUAAUGGACUAUGUUAAUCUGACACGUUAUAUGUCAAGGCAUCUGGCCGAUUACACCGCCAAGAUGAGCGAGUUGGAGCAAAAGAGAAGCCAGGGUGGCGACAAAGAAGGCACAAAAGAGGAACAGCAACAAAAACAGCAAAAGGGACAGGACCAGUCAAAUAAGCCUCCAAACUUCAGGGUUUUGGAGCUGAAAUUUGAUCCCGCCUCGUUCCUGAUUACGUCUCUCAUUUCAUACUAUGUAUACCGCAGCUUCUUUCCGGGUGAAAGUACCAAAGAGAUUACAUGGCAGGAUUUCCGAGCGAACUUCUUCGACAAGGGCCUGGUCGAGAAGCUCACCGUCAUUAAUGGUAACCGGGUACGCGUUGAGCUGAACCGUGAAGCCGUAUCUCGAAUGUACCCCGACUCCCCGGCUGCCCAGCAAGGCUUCGUUUAUUUCUUCAGCAUCGGAUCUAUUGACAGUUUUGAGCGGCGACUGGAUGAAGCUCAAAAUGAACUGGGUAUCCCCAGCUCCGAGCGCAUUCCCGUUUCCUACCAGGACGAAGUGUCGUGGGCUGGAACUCUUUUGACUUUCGGCCCUACUCUCCUUUUGAUGGGCAGUUUCUUCUGGCUGUCGAGGCGUGCCGGCGGUGGAGGCGGCCAGAGCGGAAUCUUCGGUAUUGGAAAGAGCCGGGCUAAGAAGUUCAACCACGAGACAGAUAUUAAAACCAAGUUCGCCGACGUGGCUGGUAUGGACGAGGCCAAGGUAGAGAUCAUGGAAUUCGUCAGCUUCCUCAAGCACCCGGAGAAGUUCCAGAAACUCGGUGCCAAGAUCCCUCGCGGUGCAAUUCUCUCAGGUCCUCCCGGUACUGGUAAGACAUUGCUCGCAAAGGCAACCGCUGGUGAGUCUGGCGUGCCUUUCUUCAGUGUUAGCGGUUCGGAAUUCGUUGAGAUGUUUGUUGGUGUUGGUCCUUCCCGUGUUCGUGACCUUUUCGCCAACGCCCGGAAAAACACACCCUGCAUCAUCUUCAUUGACGAAAUUGAUGCUAUUGGUAAAUCGAGAGCCAAGCAAAGCUACGGUGGUGGAAACGAUGAGCGCGAGAGUACACUCAACCAGAUUCUUACCGAGAUGGACGGUUUCAACACCUCUGAACAGGUUGUUGUGUUGGCCGGUACUAACAGACCUGAUGUUCUCGACAAGGCCCUCAUGCGACCUGGACGAUUCGAUCGACACAUUGGUAUCGACCGACCUACAAUGGAUGGCCGCAAGCAAAUCUUCCAUGUCCAUUUGAAGAAGAUUGUUACUAGCGAAGAUAUGGAGUAUUUGACAGGCAGACUUUCUGCUCUGACUCCUGGGUUUGCUGGUGCUGACAUUGCUAACUGCGUUAACGAGGCAGCAUUGGUUGCUGCCCGUGAGAACGCCGACAAGGUCGUCAUGAGACACUUUGAGCAGGCCAUCGAGCGUGUUAUCGGUGGCUUAGAGAAGAAAUCUCUUGUGCUCUCGCCUGAAGAAAAGCGCACAGUUGCUUACCACGAGGCUGGACACGCUGUCUGUGGCUGGUACUUCCGCUGGGCUGAUCCGUUGCUGAAGGUUUCGAUCAUUCCUCGAGGCCAAGGUGCUUUGGGAUACGCCCAGUACUUGCCAGCAGGAGGUGACACGUACCUGAUGAACGUCAACCAGCUUAUGGACCGUAUGGCCAUGACUUUGGGAGGACGAGUUAGCGAAGAGUUGCAUUUCGACACCGUUACAAGCGGCGCCAGUGAUGACUUCAACAAGGUUACUCGUAUGGCUACUGCUAUGGUGACCAAGUUUGGCAUGUCGCCCAAGCUCAAGUACAUCUACUACGAAGAAGACCCUAACCAGCUCCACAAACCCUUCUCCGAGGACACUGCCCGAGACAUCGAUACCGAGGUGCGCCGCAUUGUCAGCGAGGCAUACAAGCAAUGCCACAGCCUUCUUACCGAGAAGAACAAGGAAGUCGGCAUCGUCGCCGAAGAGCUCCUCGCCAAGGAGGUUCUCAGCCGUGACGACAUGAUCCGACUCCUUGGUCCUCGACCCUGGCCCGAAUCUGGCGAAUUCGCCAAGUACUUCGACGGCCAAGGUGGGAAAACCAUCGCACCCCCUGAACCUCCACAGACAAAGGAACAAACUGAAGGCAAGGAUGGAAGAGACCAAACGCCUUUCCCAGUAUAGAGAUGAAACUCAGGACAGGAAGUUACGGAUGGCGAUGGGAGAAUAACAUUUGGGUUUUGUAUUUAUGUUCGGAAGCAUCUCCUUUCUUGCUUGUUUCUUGUUUGUUACCCCCUCAAUUGUUCCAUUCUAUCUUGUUGCCAUAAAUACUAGGGUCUUUUGAGACUUGUCCUUUUUCCCUCCGUUUUCUCUCUCUUCAUUCUCAUCUCCAUCUUUCAUCUUAUAUCUUCAGUCCAAAACGUCUGGUGUACUGUAUUGUAUAGUAGCUAGGUCAUUUCCUAAUCCGUUUCAUACAUCUUAUUUACCAUGCCGUGCUUCUAAUAGAAAGCAAAUUAAAUAGAUUGUUAAAUAACUAUUUGACAUAUAUAUUGAAA